AUGGAAGUCAUCCAGCGUGACGAGCCGCCAACCAAAAAGGCCAAGACGAUCCAUGACACCGGAGGGGACGGCUCGGCCCGGCCAUUCGUCGCAUCUCGUGGGAACUCAAUACCUUACAUUGACCUCACCCAAGAUAAUAUUGCUCAACGCGAGCCUCCAGUCACGGAGACUCAGAUUACCACCAAUUGUGAUGCUGUCCCGACAAGAGCCUUCUCCCCUGAUGUCUCAAACACCAGGGUUGCUGACCCAGCUACUGCAUACGAUACAUGCUUCGGACUGCUCUGUGUACAAGCUACCUGCUCUGAUGCAGCCAAAAUACCCUCACAAUGCACCCCUGUCACGUUGGGCUUCGAGGGCAAAGUGAUCAGAAUUUACUUGAGGGAAUCAAAUGAGCGCGUUGCCAUAAUACUUUCUGACGCCCUUGCGCAUUUGGUUGAGAAGUUUGCGGUUACCUUGACUGGCACAAUCUGUGGCAAAAAGCUACGAUCUAUGGCCAUCAAAAAAGUCGAGAAGUUGAAUCCUAUGACCAAUAUUGGUGUAGCUUUUUGCUCCCUUAGAAUUGUCGUUUAUGGCAACUUGAUGCAUGGGAGUACUGUGGCAGAAAUCUUAGGGAAGAAUGACCUGUUUCUUCAACACCCUGGGAAGACAGAAUUUGACAACAGCGUCAAUUAUCUGAAUCCCCAGUAUCUUCUUCCACCUGAUGAAGGGAUGCCGCCAAUUGAGAAGCUUUCGGUUUCUCACUGCUGUGCCGGUCGAUUACAAUCCGCCACUUCAAACACAUUCUGGGAAGAUGAGAGAGCGAAUAUAUACAGAGUGUUUGACACUGCCGGUGCUCCUAAUGGAACGAUAACGACAAUUGAGCCUAGCUCUAGACUUUUGUCAAAGCCGAAGAGACACCAGAUGGAGGCUCUUGUUAUGAUGAUCGAAAAAGAGGCAGGGAUUUACGACCGCGCGCAGUUUCCCACAAUGUGGAAAGCAUCUCAUACUCCAAGUGAAGAGAUUCGGAAAUGGGACUAG